CCAGCGUUUGCCAAGUGGAACUGGAAAAGGUGAUCCUGGGAGCUCCGUGAGCAGGAGCCGCGGAAGGGACGGGAUGGCUGUGAGCAUGGACGAUGAUGUUCCCCUCAUCCUCACCCUGGACGACAGCGGCAGCGGCGCCUCAGCCCCUCUGGAUGACCUGGAUCGGGAGGAGCUGCCUAACGAAAAUGGAGGCAGCUACGAUGUGGUCAAUGACGCCUCCAGCCCCGCGGCCGGCGAUUGCUGCGCCCAGCAGAGCUCUGCCCGCCACAACUGGGAGAUGAACUACCAAGAGGCAGCCAUCUACCUCCAGGAAGGAGAAAACAAUGACAAGUUCUUCACUCACCCCAAAAAUGCCAAAGCACUCGCUGCCUACCUCUUUGCACACAACCACCUUUUCUACCUGAUGGAGCUGAGCACGGCCCUGCUGCUGCUGCUGYUGUCCCUCUGCGAGGCUCCAGCAGUGCCCAUGCUCCGUCUGGGCAUCUUUGUCCAYGCGACCCUGGAGCUCUUCGCGUUAAUCGUGGUCGUCUUCGAGCUCUCGAUGAAGAUGAGGUGGCUGGGCUUCCAAACUUUUAUCAGGCACAAAAGGACCAUGGUGAAGACCUGCGUGCUGUUGGUGCAGUUCAUCGAGGCCAUCGUGGUGCUGGUGCGCCAGACCUCGCACGUGCGCAUCACCCGCGCCCUGCGCUGCAUCUUCCUUGUGGACUGUCGCUACUGCGGGGCUGUCAGAAGAAAUCUGCGACAGAUCUUCCAGUCCCUCCCACCAUUUAUUGACAUCCUUCUCCUCCUGCUUUUCUUCAUGGUGAUAUUUGCUAUUCUGGGUUUUUACUUGUUUUCUCCUAACCACUCUGAUCCGUACUUCAAUACCUUAGAGAACAGCCUGGUGAAUCUCUUCGUGCUUUUGACCACUUCAAACUUCCCCGAUGUGAUGAUGCCAUCCUACGCCCGGAACCCCUGGUCCUGUGUCUUCUUCAUCGUGUACCUCUCCAUCGAGCUCUACUUCAUCAUGAACUUGCUCCUGGCUGUUGUGUUUGACACUUUCAAUGACAUUGAGAAGAGGAAGUUCAAGUCGCUGCUGCUGCACAAGCGCACGGCCAUCCAGCACGCGUACCGGCUGCUGGUCACCAAACAGAGGCCGUCUGGAAUUUCCUUCAAGCACUUCGAAGGGCUGCUGCGGUUCUACAAGCCUCGCAUGUGUGCCCGGGAGAGAUAUCUCACCUUCAAGGCACUGAACCAGAGCAAUACCCCUUUAGUCAGUCUAAAGGAUUUCUACAAUUUCUAUGAAGUUGUUGGCUUAAAAUGGAAGGCGAAGCGAAACCGCGAGCACUGGUUUGACGACCUUCCACGGACUGCAUUCCUUAUUUUUAAAGGCAUCAACAUCCUGGUGAAGUCCCGUGUGUUCCARUACACCAUGUACACUGUGGUGGCUGUGAAUGGAAUUUGGAUUCUUGUUGAAACCUUCAUGCUGCAAGGAGGGAAUUUCUUCUCCAGGAACGUCCCGUGGAGCUACAUAGUCUUCCUCACGAUUUAUGGCGUGGAGCUGCUCCUGAAGACCACGGGGCUGGGGCCUGUGGAAUACCUGUCCUCAGGCUGGAAUCUCUUUGACUUCUCAGUCACCCUGUUUGCGUUUUUGGGGCUGAUGGCCCUGGCGUUUAACAUGGAGCCCUUCUACUUCAUCGUGGUCCUGCGGCCCCUCCAGCUGCUGAGGCUGUUUAAACUGAAGAAACGCUACAGGAACGUCCUGGACACCAUGUUUGAGUUGUUCCCUCGGAUGGCCAGCCUGGGUUUAACCCUGCUGAUCUUCUACUAUUGCUUUGCCAUCGUUGGCAUGGAGUUCUUCGCUGGCGUGGUCUACCCCAACUGCUGCAACACAAGCACCGUCGCUGAUUCCUACCGCUGGGUGAACCACACGGUUGGCAACAGAACAGUUGUGGAAGAAGGUUAUUACUAUCUCAACAACUUCGACAACAUCCUCAACAGCUUCGUGACAUUGUUUGAGCUGACGGUGGUCAAUGACUGGUACAUCAUCAUGGAAGGGGUGACAUCCCAAACCACUCACUGGAGCCGCCUGUACUUCAUGAUCUUCUACAUUGUCACCAUGGUGGUGAUGACAAUCAUCGUGGCUUUCAUCCUGGAUGCUUUUGUCUUCCGCAUGAAUUACACUCGGAAGAACCAGGAUUCAGAAGAAGAUAAUGGCAUUGUGCUGGAGAAGGAGAUCUCCAAGGAGGAGGUGAUUGGCAUAAUUGAGCUGUACAAGAGGACUUCAGCUGCCACUGAAACAGCCCAGCUGCAGAAGAUCGUGCUGCAGAUGGACAAAUAUGGGCAAAUGUCAGCAGUGUUUCUGGGACGCAGAUCGAGGACCAAGAGUGACUUGAGCAUGAAGAUGUAUGAAGAGGAGAUACAGGAAUGGUACGAGGAGCACUCCAGGAAAGAGGAAUCUCAGACCCCACUGCAGGAGCCUGCYUCUGCUUCCAGCAGCUCUCUGAAGCCCCUGAGCCUCCGACAGCGCUCCCAGACCGUCAUUUAGGCUGAGCUAACGCGAGCCACCUUCUAUGCAAUAACUAGAGAAUUCCCUCCCAGCCUGUACUUGGGGAGGGUGUAUAUAGAUCUGUCAGUGUACCAGUGUAGGGAUCAAAGCUCCCUCCCAGCAGUGGGGGCUGGAAAGGCAGAGCCCAGGAUGGAGCACCCUGCUCAUCUGGGCAGAGCAGAGCCCUUGUCCCUCUGAGCCACCUGCCAGGCUCCAGCUCCUGCUGCUUGUUUCACCACUAACAGACCUUGGGGAAAGGGACRUGUAAUCCAUUAACAGCAGGGAAUUCGCUGAGGUCACCUGCUUAAUAUUAAAACUUGGGCCCUUUUUGAAGAUCCCUUUUGCUCAAAGGGUACCAUUAACCUAGGGAUAAAAGAUCAGGGAGUGAGUUUUUGUUUUCUUCUCCACUUCCCUUCUGCAUGGAAGGGGGAGGUGGUGUGAAAUCUCAGCACUUUGGAAGGGCAGGCUGCCUUCCCCCUCCUUUUUCCCACACCUAGAUGCACUCCCUGUAGUAGCUCCAGCUCUGAUUAUUGAAUUUAGCUGUUCCUGAGCAGUUCUGAGGGCCAGCACCUCAUCAUGUUGUGACCAUAGGUGGGACAGGGCUUUGGAGAGACUGCUGUAUCUGCAUCACUGCUGGUCAGUCCUGCCUGGGCUUGGGGUCACUCCACAAACCCCAAAGUGUGUUCAGGGAGGGGGAUUCUGCAGGGUGAUGUGACUUUUGGGCUCUGCCACUUGGACACUUGCCCUGUAAAACCUCUCUGGCUGGUCCUUAGCUCCAAUCAAUGACUGGGAGGAGGAGUGGAAGGGUUUGCAGCUCCAAGUCUGGCUUUCUUCUGCCUGGCUCUGGAUUUAGGCGAGUUUAGGAGAGCUCCUGGGCAUCACACAGUCCUGGUGGUCAGUCCCCAGUCCUGGCUCUGGACUGGAGCCAGUCCCAGCCCAGAGUGGGGCUCCUCCCUCACAGGGAUGUUCCUCAGGCUGGAGAACAUCAGUCAGGUCAUGGGAAGAUCCACUGAAWAGCUCCAUUGCUCUCCUGGAUUUUGGAUGCAGGAGGGACAUGGAAAACAAUUCUGCUCACCCAUCUGCUUUUCUGAGCUGCCACACCUGGGAGCUGAGGGAUGGGGAGGAAGGGGGAAAAGGGAGCCUUUCCCAACAUUUGCUGUGUGAUUGUGACAGUUGUGUCAUCACUCUCUGGAGCCUCUCUCCAGGUCCCUCUUUGCCCUGUCRGUGCUGAGGGCUGGAAUUCCCUGGCAGCUGGGAGCUUCCCUCUCCUCGUGCUGUUUGAUGUUUCCUCAGGUCUGGACUAAGAGUGGAGCUUCCCCCUUCCUCUGAGUGCAUCAGGCAGGGGGAGAUCCCUGUCCCCAUUCCCUUUGUCCCACAUCCCUGUGUUUUCCUUGGCCUCACUGCAUGGCACAAGGACAGCAGGAGAGGGCUGAUCCUACCUGGGCAGCUCAGGAGCAUUUCCUGGGUGGGUGAGACUUUGAAGGAGGCAAGACCGGACUGCUUCUGGAAAUCUCUCCCUCCCUGAGCACUUGGAAGGAGUGGGUGAGCAGCUUCCCAGGCAGCACACACUCCUUGCCAAAUUCACGGCAACUCUUUGUUUCCUUUGUGGAUACUUGCAGGUAUGAAACUGAGCUGACCCGUGAAGGACCUUAAAGGGCUGUUUUCCAAACCAUAAAUUCACCCACAAAUUAACGAGCAGCGCGGUUGUUGCUCUCACAGUCGCUCUGCAUGGAGUGGCAGUUCCGGAGCUUUAUCCAGAUUAGUCUUGGGGCUGCAGGAGAUGGUGUUUAUUGUGCUUUAAAUUGUGGGCAGGAAGAAUGAGCAUUGUGAAGGUUAGUGGGGAAAAAAAAUGUGGCCGUGUUUAAUCUCCACAUUCCCCACAGCCUAUUGCUCCUGGCAGGGCUGUCAGUGACUUAAUUUUUUUUUUCUUUUGGGGGUUGUUUUCUGGGUGUGAAAGGAGCUGUGGCUUUAAGCUGUGUUGAGGGGAGCACUGACCUGCUGUUCAUGYGAGAGCAGGGCUCCCUGGAGGGCUUGGGCUGGGGGUCAGGGUGCUCCUCCCCGGGGCUGAUCCUCCCCCACCUUCCCGUGUUCAUUAUUUUUGUAACCCACGGAGGGCGGCAGCAGUUUGCUUCUUCCAUAUGACUUUGGAAGGAAACCAAGUUUGAGUACGGGGCAUCCCCUUCUAUUUAUCCUCCUCUCCCUCCCCUGACACACRGACUGACGACGGAGACAAUCAUUUUGCAGGGAGCACGGGAGGAAGCACUGCAGGAUUUUGUAUGCUGGCGUUUUGUUUAUUAAAAUCCCGCGAUUUUAUGGACGUGUCUGUCAGAUGUUCUCUAGAUU